AUGGCGGAGAUGGACUGGCCUGAGACUCUGGUUCUCAACAACGUCUUUUGGCUCAUAUAUUCUUGCAAGCCUACGUCAAGCGAACAGAAGGUGAUAGAUCUUGGAGUCGCCAAAAUCUCUGCGAAGAAUCCUGAUGCCCAGGGCGAUUUACCUUUCAUUUUGCAACCGGAGUUGGAUGACGUCGAGGACAUCGAAGAAGAUUUGCCAGACUUACCGGCAUUGGAUCCUCCCUUGGCUCCGGGGAUGGGCGGAUCAGUCGCAAGUCAGACCUCCUUUAAAAGCGCCAAGCUCGCGUUUACAUCAGCUGCGUCUCCAGCCGUCGAUGAACUUGAGGAACCAAUGGGUUAUGCUAAUUCGCAAACCGAUCAAGCCAAGCAGGCAUUUCUUCAAACUGAGAACUGUCCCUCGUCAACCGCUCCACCGACUGUGAUGAGAAGGGAGGAGGGGGAGGAGGAUAGCAAGCAAGUGCCAGCCUCCCUGCCCGAAAAUACGAAGAAGGCCGACGUCAAGGGGCCGUUGAGUGUCCGCCUGCGUGUUAACAAGCGCCCGAAAUCACUGGCUUCUCCGUCACCUCAGAAAGGUGCGAAGGUCAAGAAAUGUGGGGCCAAAGGGAAGGCCGAUUUACAGGUGGUCAAGAAAAGGACCUGGUGGUAG